ACGAGUUCCUGCUUGGACUAAAAUAAAAAAAUAAGACGAUGCAUGAAUCAUUCCUAUGAAUUAUUUAAAACUUCAAUAUAAAUAAAAUGUCAAGUACAAGCACAGAAAGUGUGGAGACAAUACCAACAAAAUACAUCCAAACACCUUCAUCCUAUCUCCUGUGUCCCAUCUGUGGGGGUCUCUAUCGUGAUCCAGUAAUAAAUGUGAAGUGUGGACACACAUUUUGUAAAAGUUGUAUAUUCUCGAUUACCCAUUGCCCAAUUGAUAACAUUCAUUGUGAUACAAAUCAGUAUGUUAUAAACAGGCUGGUUGUCGGACAAAUAGAAGAUCUCCAGAUCUACUGUCGCCAUGGGUUAAUCAAACAAGAGGAUGGAGAGUGGGGACUUGAUCCAUCACUGUGUCCACAGAUUUUAACUCUUGGAAAGCGCAAUGAACAUGAAAAUUCUUGUAUAUUUGCUGUUAUACCCUGCCCAAACUCAGAUCAGUGUAAAUCUCUACAGAGACAACACUUAGAUAAGCAUCUACUAGAGUGUAGUUAUGUACCCUGUCCUUUCAAAAAUGAUGGUUGCAACUUCCAAAGCACAGCAAGAAAAGUUACAGACCACAGCUUAGUGUGUACAUUUAGGCAAAAGGAAGAACAUGCUGGUAAUGUAAAUAAGGAAGUUGAUGAGCUAGCUCUGGAUGUUCAGAGAACCAAGGCUGAAAAUGUAAAGCUGGCGAGUAGAGUAGCUGAACUAGAAGCUGAGAAAAGUCAAAUGGCAACACAACUUCAAAAACACUGGAACUUUAUACAGAGUCUUCAACUGAAAUUAGAAGUUCUUACAUCUAGAGUUGACCAGUUAAAUAUUGUAAAUGUUCGGCGACCAAUGUCAGCAUCACAGGUAUCAUUAGAUGGAGGUAGCCCUGGAAUUAACAGUCCAACCUCAGCUCUGUUACUUAGGGGCUCAAGUCCUGGUCACAGCUUUGAAAAAUGGGAGAUGCCAUUUCAGUUUAAAUGUAUUGGAACCUUAAGGGGCCAUAAAGAUGUUGUGUGGUGUAUGACAACACGCAAGGGAAAAAUUUUCAGUGGUGAUGCCAAUGGUAUAAUCAAAGUGUGGAGCCUGGAGCAGCUGGCCAAAGGAUGCAUCAACAAUAUCAAGGCUCACACUGGAGUUAUUUAUUGUCUAGCUGCGUGGGGGAACACUAUAGUGUCUGGAGGAGCUGACAAGUCUAUUGCAUUAUGGGAUAUUGAGACAAGUGAACAGACUAAUAUCAUAGAGGAAGCUCAUAAUGAAAUAAUCUGUUCCAUGGUUGUAGUCAUUAACUUGUUGUUUACUUCAUCCUUUGCUGUCAUAAAGGUUUGGGAUCUGAAAUCACUGGAACUGAAAGCAACAUUACCUGGCAUGAACCACUGGGUUAGAGCCUUAGCUUUAAGCACAAACAAAGAUAAACUUUUCAGUGGUUCUCACAACGCAAUAAAUGUGUGGGACACUUGUGAGAACUUCCAAAAACUUGCCACAAUAGAGCAUGAGUGUGGGUCAGUUUACUCACUUGCUGUCAACAAGACAUACCUUAUCGCAGGUAACUCAGGUACUUACAACCAGAAUAUACAGCUGUUUAAUGUUGAGAACUAUCAGUUCAUUCAGAACCUUCUUGGUCACAUAGGAACUGUUACUACUCUGGUCAUCUCUCCCUCUGGAAGAUUUUUGUUCUCUGCUUCACAUGAUUGUAAUAUACAAAUGUGGAGCUUGGAGAAAUUAUUACCUAUUCAAACAUUGUCACGCCACCAAAGCAGCGUUAACACUUUAACUCUCCAUGGAGAUUAUCUUCUUUCUGGUUCUGCUGAUCAUGAAAUCAAGGUCUUUAGAUACUUCCAGAUUCAAUAAAAAAUUUCAAAGUUCAAUACUGCAUUUUGCAAAGUAUGAAGAGAACAACUAAACAACCACAGCAAUAAGAGCAGUAGGCCUAAUUGCUGUAGAAAGUGGUUCAUGUAAAAAAAAACAUUUUUAAAACUUGUUUUAAAUAGUAUGAUUAUUGAUACUUAUGUAAUUAAUGUAAAAUAUGCUUAGUUAUGGUUCUUUUGAUUGAUACUGGCAUUUACAAUUUUUAAAUCAUAAGCUGUUAUAUAAAGAUAUACAUAUCUUCCUGUAUAGCUAUUUAUACUUUCCUUAAUAUACAGUCUUUCAUUUUUUCCAUGCUUUUUAAACUGAUGGUUCUCAACUAUGAGAUCGGGAAUCAACACAGUAUGAUAUAUAAUAGAAUUGUUCGUCUCUAAAAUUAAACUAUGUGGUGUGAAUGAAAUUUAAAUAAUUUCCAUGCGAAAAUAGGCUAAUUUUAUAUAAUGUAACCUCAUGAUUACCAAUACCCUAAUAUUGUUUCUCUAUUUCCCUUUUUAAAGAGCUAGUACUGACUGAUUUCAUUUGUUUUCAUUUUCAUGCAUUUAAAAUUUUUUAUUAAUGAAAUGUUUGCUGAAUUUUAUAAUCAAUUUAACAAGCAAGCUCAGAUUCAUGUUUAAUUAAUGAUUUUUACCAUAGGCCAUCCAUUUAUAUUUGGUGUAAAUAGUUCUGGUGGGUUGAAAAUAGUGGUGCAACAUAGAGUGCAUGUAGUUGUUUUGAUUCUGUGAUCACUAUUGAUUACAAAGUUUGAGAAUUGCACCAUUUGUUUCAAAAUAAUGCAUACUAAAAGUUUUCAUUUCAAGGUUUUUAAAAUAUUUGUUAUUAAUCCAUUAAAAUUAAUGAUAAGGUGUAAUCUUGUACUUGCAUAGUACACAAUAUAAGAUUUAGUAAUCUGAAAGAUCUCCAGUAUCUUAAGGAUCACCAGUUAAUCAGACCAGCUGCUUAUGUAGACUUAACCCUAAGAGUUUGGACAAAUUGUGUAACAUAAAUGUUAUCCAUAGUAUAACUUAUUUGGACAAACUCUGGGUUUAAUCGCACUAGUGUACAUGAGAGCGAAUACUGAGAAAGAAGUCUUGAGUCACCUGGUUUUACUUCAAUACCCAUUCCGCUGUCUAUAAGCUUACAGCUUUCACAGCUAUCUAACUUCUUCUUCAUUCAUAAUUGUAAUGUUAGUAUUUUCCUCCAACACAAUUCAGUAUAUGUCAAGCUGUUGUGUGUUAUAUUGAUAUAGGCAGUUGACUCAGACUUCAGCACGCUUUUCUUUCUGGAUUUGCUUCCAUAGCCUUUAUCCAUCCAAGAACAAACUAAACAAGGCAACAGUUGUUUGUUUUUGAGUAUUUCUCUUCUAGAAGAGCAGUUUUCCCCAGCUAUUGAGCCUCAUGUGCCUGAGGUUUGAACUCAGGACUUUUCAAUUUAGCAACCAUGAGCUAUGCCAACCCAUGUCGACCCUCUAAAUCAUAACAUUCCAACACCUGUUUAUCUAACCCUAUAGACUACUUUUAGUGCUGAAGCUUUGUAUUGUUAGCCCCUUUAUCUCCACAGUCCAAAUCUUGUUUGUAAAAUUGUUUUAUGAAGUAUUGUUGACCAUUUUAAAAUUUUAAUGUUAUGAUUGUAACAUGGUAUGUUAAUGUAUUCUGAUGAAUAAAUUUUUUAUUAGAAAAAAAUUAUUGCAUGUGAAUAGCAGUCUCCUGUAAGCCCACAGUACAAUAUUAUUACUCAUUACUGCCAGUACUAAGUUGAGGGUGCCUGAUCAAUAUACCUACCCCACUCUGUGAGACUCCACCUUGACAAAAACCCCUAGAGGUUUAUUAAAUAAUGCAAUUUUAACAUUAAUCUAAACAAAAUCCUGAAUAUAUUUGUUGAUAAUGCACCUCUUAAAAAUUGUUAAAUACUUAAUUAGAAUUCCAGAGUUGCCCAUAUAAUUCAACUGACACCAUUCCAAUUAUCCAUAAUGGACUGGAAACUUCAACGCUGUCCUACUUAAAUGUUCAUUUUUGGCUUGUCAACCAAUACAUGCAAUAUUUUGUAUGACAAGUAUAUUGACAGUGUACAGCUGCGUAGAUAAUUGCAGGAACUGUUUUGUUUGAAUCUAUAAACUUAGUAGAAUUUUCUAUCUGAUAACUUGUGGUUGCCCUUAAUUUAAUUCAAAACCAGAAUUCAGUACCAAAAAAUGUUUCAAUAAUCUGUUCUAACAAUGUCAGCAUACCUCCAACAAGGCUGGGAAUGUUCAAUGAACCUGAUUUUUUUAUUAUGUGUAUGGGCAAGUGGGGCUGCUUGGCAGGGCACCCCCUCAAAUCAUUGUAAUGAUUCAUGAUAAAUGAAUUGGUGGCAUGAAUGUU